AUGGAGAUAGAAUUAGGGAGAAAAAGGAGAUUUGAUGAUGAAAUGGAGGAUAUAGGCGCUGAUAUCUCCACCUUGAAUUACGAUUCCGAUGACCUGUUAUUUCGUUUCUUCUUCAGUCAUUUUCUUAUUAAACGCUGCAGAGACAGAAUCAACGCUCAACUCUCAGCAAACUCAUCCCUAAAUCGCUCAACUCUCCGCAAACUCAUCCCUAAAUCUGAAAAGAUGGACAAGGCAGCGCCAUUGGGGCACGUGGUGGAUCACGUGAAGGAGCAGCGGCAGAGGGCGAAGGAGGCGAGCAAAAUCAGCAGCGGCGUGCCGAGCGAGAUCGACGAGGUAAUCGUCGAUCAGAUUGAAGACGGAUCGGAGCAGAUCAAGUCGUCGAUCCGUUGCGACGAUCGGCCGGAGCUCUUCGCGGAGAUCGGGAGCGCUCUGAAAGCGCUGGAAGCCACCAUUGUUGAAGCCAACAUCUCGAAGCACACACACCAGCACCCUCACAAUCCCUAA